AUGACAGUGGAAGAAAAAGGAAGUAGGAACAAGAGAAAAUUCCGAGCAGAUCCGCCUCUAGCAGACCCUAAUAAGAUCUUCCCUUCACCUCCAAAUGAAUGCACAAGUUUCGAAUUCUCAGCUGAAAAGUUGGAGAUUCCCCCAAGUCGUGGGCAUGCAAACAGUUGUGACAUGUGUUGCAUGACCUGUGAUAAAUCUGAUGCUUUGAAACUUGAUCUAAGAUUGUCAUGUGCAGUGGAAACAUUGGAAGUGGGGACAAGACAACCUCAAGAGGAGACGGAAACAUCAUCGAAUGAGUACAAUGGUGCUGAUUGGAGUAAUCUUACAGAAUCCCAGCUAGAGGAACUUGUUUUGAGUGAUUUGGAUGCAAUUUUCAAGAGUGCAAUUAAGAAAAUAAUUGCUAGCGGUUAUAGUGAAGAAAUUGCUACGAAGGCUGUUUUGAGAUCUGGCCUUUGCUACGGGUGCAAGGACACUGCAUCAAAUAUUGUGGAUAAUACUUUAGCAUUUCUUAGAAGUGGCCGAGAUGUUGAUUACUCUAGGGAGCAUUGUUUUGAGGAUUUGCAGCAGAUGGAGAAGUAUAUAUUGGCCGAGUUGGUUUGUCUUCUAAAAGAGGUUAGACCUUUUUUCAGCACAGGGGACGCAAUGUGGUGCUUGUUGAUAUGUGAUAUGAACGUGUCACGUGCUUGUGCCGUGGAUAGUGGCGCUUUGGGUAGUUUUCUCAGCGAGGUGGCUGCGAUUGAAAAUUCCUCCGAUUCUGUGAAACCUCAGUUGAGAACGGAACCCAAAAGUUCUGAAUCUAAUACUCCAAUUACCCAUACAUCAAACCCUUCAAUUGCUUACACUCGGUAUUCUCCGUCUGAACCACCUAAUACAUUUUCAACUCAUGGUGGACAUAUAUUUCAAUCUGAAGCACCAGCUACAGCAGAUGUUACUAACUUGAAACUAGAAACUUCAUUCAUUCCUAAUGGACUAGGCCAAAUCAAAGUGUGUCAAAACCCUAUAUCUAAUACUAACGACAAACUCUUUAGUAUUGCAGGAAUACCCCGCCCCUCAGUUGCCGAGGAGAAGUUUGUGGGCAGUAGAAAAGUUUCUGGAAUAACCAAAAGGGAAUACAUAUCACGUCAGAAAUCCAUGCACUUGGAGAAACAUUAUCGUACACAUGGUUCUAAAGGGGCGUCUAGAGCUAGAAAACCGAGCAGCUUCAGUGGUUUUGUCUUGGAUGAGAAACGUAAGGCUCUAGCAGAUUUCACAGGUGUGAAUGUUAAGAGUCCCUCGUUCAAGGCUAGUGAGACAGUUUGCUUUGAUGUGCCUCAAAACAAUGUCAAUUAUAAUCUUCCAACAAGCACUGAAUUCACUUCAAUGCCAACAUUUAGCUUGGAAGGUGCUAACGGCAGUUUGUCAUUGGUUAAAUCAAGUCUCUUAUCCUCAUCGCCUGUGGUGCCGCCGGUCAAUCCGUUACCUUCACUGCCUGUUGCUGAUACCGAGCUUUCUCUCUCCUUGACUGCCAAUGGUGAUUCCAAUUCAAUUUCCGUUAGCUAUGAUGUCGAGACCGUCAGUUGUAGUUAUGCUGGUGUGUCAAAUGAUAAGUCUCUUGAGCAGUGGGUUCCACUGUACAAGAAGGAUGUAAUGAUUAUGAAGCUUGUUCAAAGAGUGCGGGAAUCACAAAAUCAGCUCCAUGAGUGGACAGAGUGGGCGAAUCAGAAGGUCAUGCAGGCUGCUAGCAGACUGAGCCAGGAUAAAGCCGAGCUCAAGACACUUAGGCAAGAGAGAGAAGAAGUCGAGCUUCUGAAGAAAGAGAAGCAAACAUUGGAGGAAAACACAAUGAAAAAGCUUUCGGAGAUGGAGAAUGCCAUGGUCAAGGGUAGUGGACAGGUAGAGCGAGCUAAUUUUGCUGUUCGUAGGCUUCAUGUUGAGAAUUCUGCAUUAAGGCUGGAAAUGGAAGCUGCGAAAUUGCAUGCUGCAGAGUCGGCCGCAAGGUGCCAGGAAGUAUCAAAGAAGGAGAAGUCGACGCUGAUGAAGUUUCAGUUACGGGAGAAGCAAAAGACUCUCCUUCAGGAGGAACUUGCGGGUGAAAAACGCAAGUUGAUACAGCUUCAAAAGGAACUAAAACAGGCUAAAGACGUGCAAGAUCAAGUUGAGGCUCGAUGGAAACAGGAAGAAAAGGCGAAAGAAGAAUUAUUUGCACAAGCCGAUUCAUUUAGAAAAGAAAGAGAACAAAUUCAAGAUUCAGCUAAAUCCACAGAGAAUAUGAUCAAAUCGAAAGCAGCAAAUAAUCUGCAGAAGUAUAAAGAUGAUAUUGGGAGGCUCCAAAAAGAAAUUUCCCAGCUAAGAUCGAAGACUAACUCAUCGAAAAUAGCUGCUCGUAGAUGUGGUAUAGAUUCGAGCUAUGCUGGUAAACUUGCUGACUGGAGAAAUUCUUCAGUCCCAAAGGAUUCUCCAAUACCUUAUAUUCUUGAGGAUAUCGCUGCGAAUGGAGGUGUGAAGCGUGAACGAGAAUGUGUGAUGUGCCUGUCCGAGGAGAUGUCUGUUGUUUUCCUCCCGUGUGCACAUCAGGUGGUAUGUACAAUGUGCAACGAGCUGCAUGAGAAGAAGGGAAUGAAGGACUGCCCUUCUUGUAGGAGCCAAAUCCAACAACGCAUUUGUGUACGUUAUGCCCUCUCUUGA